AUGGGAAACCAUACAAGAGUGACAGUGUUUGUCCCAGCAGGUUUGACUGAUGACCCACAAUUGAAAGUUGUGUUAUUUAUCUUCUUGCUUCUCACCUACUUGCUAAGCAUCAUUGGCGAUCUGAUCAUCAUCACACUCACCCUACUGGGUACUCACCUCAGGACCCCCAUGUACUUUUUCCUUCGGAAUUUUUCCCUCCUAGAAAUUUCCUAUACUACUACAUGCAUCCCUAAGCUUCUGGUUGUCAUGGCAACUGGGGACAAAACCGUUUCCUAUAACUGUUGCGUCGCUCAGUUGUUUUUUGCUUUCCUUCUUGGAGCAUCUGAAUUUUACCUGCUGGCAGCUAUGUCCUAUGACCGCUAUGUGGCCAUCUGUAAGCCCCUGCAUUACACAACCAUCAUGAAUAGCAAUAUCUGCAUACCACUUGUUCUCAGCUGUUGGCUUGCUGGGCUCUUUGUCAUCUUUCCACCACUCAUCUUGGCCUUAGACCUUGACUUCUUUGCCUCCAACAUGGUUGAUCAUUUCUACUGUGACGCUACACCCCUCCUGCAGAUACCCUGUUCAGACACACAGCUUCUGGAGACACUGGCUUUUAUCUCAGCCAUGGUGACACUCUUGGUCACACUGACAAUGGUGAUAAUAUCAUAUACCUGUAUUGCCCUGACAGUUCUGAAAAUCCCUUCAACUAGUCAGAGGAAAAAGGCUUUUUCCACCUGCUCUUCUCAUAUGAUUGUGAUCUCCCUUUCUUAUGGCAGCUGCAUUUUCAUGUAUGUUAAACCAUCAGUCAGACAGAGAAUAUCAUUUUCCAAGGGAAUUGCGGUGCUCAAUACCUCAGUUGCACCACUUCUGAACCCUUUCAUCUACUCUCUAAGAAACCAACAAGUGAAAAAAGCCUGCAUGAACUUGAUGCACAGGAUUGUCUCUUUUUCAAAGGAAUGA